AUGAAGCUUAACAUUGCCAACCCAUCAACUGGAGCACAGAAGUGUGUCAACAUUGAGGACAAGCUCAAGACCCGUUGUUUCAUUGACAAGCGUAUGGGACAGGAGGUGCCAGGCGACUCUUUGGGCGACGAGUACAAGGGUUACGUUUUCAGAAUCACUGGAGGCAACGACACUGAGGGUUUCCCAAUGAUGCAAGGUGUUGCCGUCCCACACAGAGUUCGUCUUUUGCUCACCAAGACCUCUGGCUGCUACAACCCAGCCAGAUCUGGUGAGAGAAAGAGAAAGUCUGUCCGUGGAUGCAUCGUUGCCGACGACAUUGCCUCGCUGCAGUUGAUCAUCGUCAAGAAGGGUGAUGCUGAGCUCCCAGGUCUCACUGAUGUCAGCUUCCCAUCCAGAAAGGGUCCAAAGAGAGCCAGCAACAUCAGAAAGCUCUUCAAGCUCUCCAAGGAGGACGACGUUCGCAAGUACGUCAUCCGUCGUGAGAUCCCCGCCAAGAAGGAGGGCAGAAAGGCCAAGAGCAUUGCCCCCAAGAUCCAGCGUCUGGUCACCCCAGUCACCAUUGCCCGCAGAAAGGCUCUCCGUCUACAGAAGGUCAACUCACACAAGAAGGCCGCUGAGGAGGCUGCCGCCUACGCCAAGCUCAUUGCUCAGCGUCGUGAGGCUGAGAGAGCAUCGAGAAGAUCCUCGAAGCGUUCCAGCAAGGCUUCCGUCAAGGCUGCCGAGACCCCAGCUGCUGCCCCAGUCAAGGCUGCCCCAGCCCCAACCAAGGCCGCCGCUGCCCCAGUCAAGGCCGCUGCUGCCCCAACCAAGGCCGCCCCAGCCCCAGCCAAGACUGCUCCAGCCAAGGCUUCUGCCCCCUCCAAGCCAGCUGCCAAGACUACCGGCAAGAAGUAA